GUCCGACCCGUACCUUCUCGAAACCCGGGAUAUCAACUAUUAGUCUGUAUUCAAGUUUCUUCUCUUUGCUGAGAACUUCCUUAAUUGUUUUCUUUUUUUCUUAUUUCCCAACAGGAGACAUGGAAUUAUAAUCGUCUGCAGAUCCAAAGGGGUUCGUAGGCACUUUCGGUUAAUCGGUGACAUUUAUCUAAUCUAUUGAGUAAUGCAAAAAGUCCGCAUGCAAAGUAUGGAGAGAGAGACCCUUAUAAGGUAGCACAAAUCUUCAUUUGGAAAAUCCGAUUUGCGGCUUACUAUGUACCUGGCAUGCCGUGAGCUGGUCAUUGGAGAUAACAACAACUGACGAGUCUCUCUAUUCUCGCGGUUUUGCUGCUCAUUUCCCGUCUCCUUGCAAACUCCCUCGUACCAGAGUUAUUCUAGAACUUUGUUUGAUGGGGCAAGUUCAUAGCCACACAUAGAUGUCGGUAAUAGGAAAACGAUGCAUUACUAGAUAAUGUUACUACUUUCAUUGUAUGUACUACUAACUAUAAACAUUCUUUGUUCCUUUUCUUUUGCUCGACGAUCUCGCUUAUUAGGAGACGAAUUUGUAUCGAUACCUCAAUGGAAGACACUAUCUGGUCGCAUAUUUUUCGCUUACAGGUGAAAAAGAAUACCGUUUUCUCAAAGGACGUAUGCUUGACGCAUACUGAGGGUCUUGCGAUGCAAUUGGUUUCUCUUUGUUCGUAGUUUCUUUGUCUUUGUCGCAGAGUUGCCCCCUUGAGGGGAUAUAAAAAACAAGAAUGUCAGUCUUUUAAGAGCAUUGAUAGUGUCCAUGCUACUUAAUGUACGCGGCCACAACAUUGAACUUUUUCCUUCGCGAGAAUUGACGCGGGGAAAAGGUCAAAUUAAAGCUGGUUGGAUAUCUUUAAAAGACGGAAAAAUUCCAUACUUUCCAUGGGUCAAAAAAUGGCUAGUUCUAUCUCACAAUUCACUUAGUAUAUACCGAAGGGAGAGCUCUUCAGAACCCCAGAUUCUAAUUCUGCUAAAGGAUAUUGAGGGUGUAAGCCGCUUACCAAGUCGUCCUUAUGGCUUUCUGUUAAAUUAUAUCGUUCAUGAAAAAGAAGCACGUCGAAGAAAUCUGGAAAUUUCAUUGAGCACACAAGUUGACUUUUGUUCGUGGAUGGACGAAAUUACUCAGCGUUAUCAAGCAAAUAAAGUGUCAAGUCCUAUGAAUGUGAAACAUAAGGUCCAUGUUGUCGUUGAUAACACCGGCCAUUUCUCAGGGCUACCCAAUGAAUGGGUAAAACUGUUAAUGAGCAGUACAUUGACGAGAGAAGAUUGCAUGAAUGACUCGCAAGCUGUGUACCAAGCUCUUGACUUUUAUAGCAAGCGCAUUCUCGGAGACGGUAAGACGAAUUCUGGGGAAACAAAGAAUCAUGAAGGGACGAACGGAUAUCAUAUGGAUCAUGCUGCUGCUGGCGGUCGCAGUGGUCCAUUACACGUUUCCUCAAGUUUCUCUGUUCGUCCCAAAGAAGCAAGUCCAUCCCUACCGUUCCAGGAUGUCUUACGUCGCAGUAUUUCGGUAAAGCAACCGGGGCAGGAAAGGUCAUAUGUUUCUAAAAAGACACAACUUGGAUUGGGUGCUGUUGCUCAAUCAUCGUAUGGGCAAAUAAAUGCUUCUUCUGCAACCACUUUCUCUACAGCUGAAGAAAAGAAGCUUCCCUUGUCAAACCAGCAGGCCAUGUCUAUGCUUGUAUCAUUUGUGACGAAUAAAGAUCCACGAAGCUGUCUGGAUGUUAGUAAAAAAAUUGGACAAGGAGCCUCAGGUGCAGUCUACGUGGCGCGAGUGCUCGAAAAGCGUUAUGGACCACACGAGAAGGUUGCUAUUAAAAGCAUCGACAUGAAUAAUCAAAACAGGAAAGAGCUUAUUAUCAACGAGCUUACUGUGAUGAAGGAGUCUAAUCACCCCAACAUUGUGAAUUUCUUGGAUGCAUUCUUAGUCAAGCAACGGUAUCUGUGGGUAGUGAUGGAAUUUAUGUCUGCUGGAUCAUUGACGGACGUGAUUGAACGUCACAAGCUUACUGAGCGACAAAUCGCUAGAAUAUGCCUGGAGACAUGUACUGGCAUCCAGCAUUUACACUCUCGGAACAUCAUUCAUCGCGACAUCAAAAGCGACAAUGUUCUUCUGGAUGUGGAAGGUCACAUUAAAAUAACUGACUUUGGAUUCUGUGCACGCUUGACAAAUCACAUGAACAAGCGUGUAACAAUGGUUGGAACGCCGUAUUGGAUGGCUCCAGAAGUAAUUAAACAACAACGCUACGGGCCAAAGGUUGAUAUUUGGAGCCUGGGAAUUAUGACUAUUGAAAUGAUUGAAAAUGAACCGCCUUACCUGAAAGAAGACCCCAUUAAAGCAUUGUAUUUAAUCGCCAAAAUUGGCACACCUACUCUUCGACAACCUGAGUUGUUGUCACCUGAAUUACGAUCAUUCCUCUCAGCAAGUUUGACAAUCAGUGUAAUUUCUCGGGCGACUGCCGCUGAGCUACUUACGCACGAGUUUUUGAAAAAAGCAUGCACGACUGACGAAUUGAAACAUUUAGUACUCAGAACUCAAGCUAUUAAAGGAAAACGUUAAAUUUGUUAUGAUGUUACGAAAUUUUUAUUAUGAUUAGCUAAAAUUACGGUUUUGAAGGUGUCUAAGCUUCUAAGAUAACGAUUUUGUUUUCUUUUUUUUUUUACUGUGCUGUGCUGGCGUGGGCUUUCCCUUUUUCCACCAAG